AUGCGCUCAAGCGUUGUGACGCUUAGCGGAUGGGCGCUCAGGAACCUCAGGUUCGCAUACCCGCGUAACAAUGACGGAGUUCGCGUGCUGAAACGCUUUCUUGGCCGGGACCUCGCAUCGAGACAGCUGAUCCCGCAUACGCGCUUUUUGGCGACAAGCGCAGAUGGCUCUGCGUCUCUACCUGGGACGCAGAGCGCAGAAACACUCGCAGUUUCUGCUGAGAGUGAGGCGCUUCGGUCGGCCUUGGGGUUGCUGCGCAAUCAUCGGAUCGCGGAAGCGCAUCGCGUCGUACGGGAGCAACUCCUGGCCAAUGGUCCUCUUCCCACAGAGGUCCGGCGAAAGAUUAUGUCAGCUGGAUCGCGUAGUGGCGCAACUGCUCUGGUCGAAGAAGUGCUGGAGCGCACGGUAUCGGAAACCGCGGAACCUUCUUCUUCUGUCUUCGAUCACAAUGCCGUUCUGCGAGCGUGUGAAGUCGCCAUGGAUCUUCAUCGAGCGGAAAGAAUUUUCAGUAAUAUGCCUGAACGAAAUCAUUACUCGUACGCGAUCAUGGCGGUAAUCUACAGCAACGCUGGCCGCAUGCGACAUGCACUGGACAUGGCUUCCAGGGCACUCGGUGGACUUGACCUGCACAAAGCACUGGAGAAGUUGCCGUCUCAGACCAAAUCCACCGCUGCCCCAGCAGAUGCAGAGACCAUCCCGGCUGCCGCCAGCGCCUCCGAGGAGCAGUCGGCCAUGGAGGCCGAGGAGGAACCUGCGACGGCUGCCGAAGAUCACCUGGAAGAAACGCCCUCAACGGCGACGGGUGCGCUCACCCCAGCCCAAAAGUCUUUCCUCAUGAGUCGCCUGAUUGAUUCCUCGUUGCGCUACCGCUACAACCACGUCGCACUCAACUUAUUGCGUGUCAUGCGAGAGGAGCUUAGAAUGCGGCCGCGCUUGACAACGAUUUCCAACUUGCUUGUCAGGUUAUGCAAUGCCAACAAUGCGCAGGCCAGCUAUGAACUGCUGAACGGUAUUCGUCGGCCGGGCAUAUGGGCAACACUACGCGGUGCGCGCCCGAUAGAACUCGGUGUGUUGCUUCCGGCUCUGGGUUGCGCACUUCGAAACGACCACUAUGCUCUUGGUGAUCUGGCGUGGAACGAGAUCCAGAGUCGCUACUUGCCUGCCGAAAGGCAGAUUGUUCUUGGAUCCGUCUCGGCAGCCGGCGAGAAGAGCGCUAGCCAAUCCCUCUUCGAAGUUCCUGACAUAUUCUUUUAUACUCGCGCGAAUCUGUUAGCGCGGCAAGACAGCAAGGAGUUCCAAAGCACGAAACCAGAGGAAGCAACAAGCAGUGCUCCCGCUGCGCAGCCGGCGCCAGGAACCGCAGACUCGAGUACCAGCACAGAGCCUCGAACCGAGGUUAUCUUGAGUGAGCGGAUGCGUUCGUGUUUCGAGCUAUUGCGGCUGUUGCAUCACCGCAAGUAUCAGCGUGUGCUGGGUCUGGACAUCACCGUCGAUGCAAGAGACACGGCGCCUCGGAUAGAGCUACUUCGCGGAGUCGUGAAUUCGCUCGCUUGCCACGUUGACCGGGUCGAUGCUGCCCAUUUCUUCCUGGAACAUGAACUUGUUCGGGAAGCCGUGCCGAAUACCGCCGCACCGCAGGCGCUGCUACCAGGAAAAAUGGAUCUUUUAGCUCCCUUGAAUUGUGUCAUUGCAGCGUCGUCGCAAAUGGGAGACCUUGACCGCGCAUUUCAAACCUACGAAACCCUACAGGAUCAUGGUAAGAAACACCAGCUUGUUCCGAAUAUCGAGACUUUUAAUGCGCUUUUGCUUGGAUGCGGCAAGCAAGGUCACUGGGAGGCGGCCAAGCUUGUCCUGGAAAAGAUCCAGGAAGAGCAGUUGAAGGCGACUGGCGAGACGCACGAGAAGAUCCUCUACGUGAUGCUUCGAGCGCGCCGUUUCCAGGAGGCCAUCGAGUACCUGCGCCAGAACUCGAACCAGCCGAAGCAUGCGGAGGACCAAGCGCGUGCAGGUCGCGCCCCCGUUCCUUUUACUGCUUAUCGAAUGGUAGCGCGCAUAGCGCUUCUUAGACCAGAUGCUCCAGCGGUUGUGCGUGAAUUGCAGCAUCUUGCAGCACAGGCCGGCUACCAUAAUCUAGAUUUGACUCGGAUACACUCGGCUCGUGCCCGCGAAGAACGUGGUGCUAGCAAUGCAAGCGCCUCGGGAGUGAACCCAUCAUCGUGA